GGGAGCAUAAAAUUUUAUUAGAUGGCGUGUUCGUGUUCCUCAAAUAUUUCUCCUUUAUCGCUUCUGUUUUCUUAGCAGAUCCUUCUUUAACGAAUAUAAACAAGCUCUUAAGUCUGUUAAGGUCAUAAUGGCCGACGUAGUGUACACAAAUAUCAAGGAUUUGAAGCCAUCAAUGAAAAAUUUGAACAUGAUUUUCAUUGUCCUCGAAAUAGGUCGCCCAAGUAAGACCAAGGAAGCACAUGAUGUUAGAGCGUGCAAGGUAGCAGAUAAAACAGGAUGUAUUACAAUCUCCAUAUGGGAUGAACCGGGUGAACUUAUUCAACCAGGUGAUAUCAUUCGCCUUACAAAAGGAUACGCAUCAAUGUUCAGGGAUUGCUUGACUCUCUAUGCAGGGAAGGGUGGUGGUUUAAGCAAGAUAGGCGAAUUCUGCAUGGUGUUCACUGAAGUGCCAAACAUGAGUGAGCCAAACCCAGAGUUACUGCAGCAGCAAGCACAGAAGUUUGCUGAGCAGCAUGGUUUCCAGGUGGCAACGACUCAACCUGUGCCGCUGCAGCAGCAGGUGGUGGGCAUGGUGCCUGGUGCCGACGUGAAGCAGCCUUUAGUGCAGCAGCCACCGAUAAGCUAUAGUCAGGGCUUCGGUAACGGACACAUACCACGGGGUCGCGGCGUGCAGCCGAUGAACGGACGCGGUAUGCCCCCGAACAGUUUCAAUGGACCGCGUGGCUCGGCGCCGAGAGGGGGCAACGCAGGAGCCGGCAUGCACGGAAACGGGCGGGGCAACCCGGCCCACCGCGGCGGAGGGCUCGGAGCGAUGAUGCACAGGGGACGUGGCAGGAAAUAGGACACGUGGGAUGUGGUUAGGGUGGACGUGGCGCGGCAACGAAGGGCACGGCUAUGAGACACAAGUGUGACCUACUCGCCUGACCCCAGCACCCUCUCCCUGUGGGGAUGCAGACAGUACUACUGCUGCUCAGAGAAGAGUGUGAUCGUGAAGCAGCUUCUCUGUUUAUGAAUUGAUAUGACUGACAACUAGCAGUGAGGACGGUUGGUGCUAGAGAGGUCACUGUGCUCGAGAGAAGGGACACCACUAAGCAUAUCAGUUCUUCAUGCUUGCGUGUAAGUUAGUAGGCCUAGUAUACUAUACUGGCUCGGUACUGCAUGUGCGGCAGUGCGUGCGGUGUCAUUUACUUGAAAAAUUAUGAACUUGAAAGGCAAGUGAUUUUAAACAGAUGAAAUCGUGUGAAGUAAGUCUGCGCGUGGUACGUAGGUGUGAAAUUAAAUCUAUGGUUAAAAAUUAAUUUACAGUUCUGAGAAAUACAAAAAGAGAAAGCUAAGAAGCAGCCAGGCUUCCUCUUACAGCUAUAAUUUACAUCACACUAUUAAAAUAUCUUUGAUCAUACAGUAUGGGUGACACGGGUUAUUAUGAAAUUUACACAAAGAAUACAGUACAUUUUGAAAACAUAAUUACUGACUAGUUUCCCGCUUGCACAGCAUUUAUGUACAACGGUAUUUUUUUUUGUCAAUUCAGUGUUUUGCAGUAUUGGAUUCUGUUAGAUAUUCAUUGGUAUAGAUUGAUAUGAAGAAGAUCAUUGUUAAGAAUUGAUAAGAACACUAAUUGGAAGGCUUUAUGUGAUGGGAGAUUAUCUUAAACAAUUAAAUCCUAAAGUUGGGUGUUUUAGAUUAUUUCUGUGUAUGCACAGGUGGUUUUGAUCCAAUAUAGACAUACCAGUUCAAAAAUGACACACUACUACUACUACGAGAAAAAAAAGCACGCAGAACACUUUUUGUGCUUGUUCAUAAACAAUAUUAUAAGUGCUCGAGGAUCACUGCAAGUCUGCAAUAAUAGUAGCACAGAACCUGUAAAUAUAAACCUUUGCAUUUCAGUGUGUGUGUGUAAAUAUAUUCACUGCACUUCCGUGAUGAGAUUUUCAGAAAGGGAAGCAUCUCUGAGCAUAUACUAUUUCAGUGUCUUUCAUGGGGUUCCAAUUGUAAAUAUCAGCUAGGAACCUCAAGCUGUUCUAACUCCAAUGUGAAAGGGUGCGUUGAUGUGUAUCAAUAUGCCAAACAGGAAAAUGUUGUAAUACACUGAAAAUAUUAAAGCCAUGUUUUAUAAUA